AUGGAGUCCCAUGUCAAACUUACCUGUGUCAUCUUGGGCAAUGAACCCAACCCCACUGUCUUCCAGAUCAAUAUUGCAUGCAUGGACACUGUCAGUGACCUGAAAAAAUUGAUCAAGGAAAGGCAUCCUGUAUUUCACAACAUAGCUUCAUCCACUCUCCAGCUAUGUAAGGUCGACCUGCUUGUUGACAACACCCUUGAGUGUAAACUCAACAAGCUCGAACUAGAUCCCAAGAAAUGGUUAUCACCUGUGGAUGCAAUGCUCAAGGUUUUUGACAGUCCUCCUCUGCUUAAGCACCUGCAUAUUGUUAUCCAGCCACCACCUGCUUUGAGAUUAGCACCUUCCCCGCCAGCCAGCAACCUGCCCAUCAGACUUAACUGCACCAUCUUAGGCUAUGACUUCAACUGUAUUAUCUUCCAGAUCAGGAUUGUACAGAUGAACACUGUCAAUGACCUGAAAGAAUUGAUCAAGGAAAGGAAUCCUGUAUUUCACAACAUAGCUGCAUCCACUCUCUGGCUAUGGAAGGUUGCCCUGUCUGAUGAUGAAAAACUUGAGCAUAAUCUCAACAAGCUAGAAUUAGAUCCCAAGAAAUCAUUAUCAGCUAUGGAUGCAAUGCUUGAGGUUUUUGACAGUCCUCCUCAGCACAAGCACCUGCAUAUCGUUGUCCAGCCGCCACCUGCUUUCUUGCUGGAGCAUGACAUUGACCUGAGGGCCACAACAAUUAAUGACACCACCUACUUAACCAAUGGUGACACGCAGUACAAAGGUUUCUGUUACGCAAUCAUCAAAGUUAAGAACAAGUUAGGGUCCACAGCAACCAAACCCCACAUGCAAGCCCUUUUACAUACUGCUGGAAUCAUGAUAACACGAGUGACAACUUGGAUGUUGCUGAACAAGAAACAAAGAGUAGAUUUAAUAUGUCUGUGGGACCUGUCUGAUGAUUCUAUGAAUACAGAUGACUUGGAUGAGCCAAAUAUUCCUGGUGCUGGGCCUCAGGCUGAGGUUGAGUUCACAUUCAGAGAUAUAGAUGAGUCAUUUGAAGGUAGCAGCAAGAGUGGUGACCAGACCUCUGGGGAGAGAUUAAUUCUGAAUGGUGCCUCAGAUUUCAUCAACCAGUAUCCUGAAUCUUCUUGGACAUAUGGCAAGGGGUACACUUUCCUCAACUUAUUCAAUUCUGAUGAGAAUAGCAUGUACCAUGCCAAGAAUCCCUAUUACCCAUUCAGUAACCAGAAGGACUAG